CAUGUUGCCGUGCCAAAAUAUCUACCACAAUCACCAAACUUAAAUAGCCCUUCAUUGCACAAAAUACACAAAACUAGAAGUAAGAUAAAAAAUUGAAUCAUCUAUAAUUUACACAAUCUUAGAAAUCAAAGAGAAGAAGGUAAACAAAAAAAUGGAGGAUGUUAGAAGGCCAAACAGAAGUGAUACUCAUCUCUCAGCUGAAGAAGAAGCAUCCAUAGAAGCAAAAACAAGACACCAUUUUGAAGAAGUGGCACCAAAAAGACACACAAAGCCUCAACGUAGUGAGUAUGCUUCUCAAUAUGUUGAUAGUAAUGUUUCAGAUAAUUCUGUUCCUGAAAUGCUACAAUUUCAACGUCUUGAAAAUGAUCCUCAAGAAAAGAAAUUGGUUUACGAUGGAAAUGAAGUGUCGGAAGAAUUUGUGGAAACAGAGUAUUACAAAGAUCUCAACAGCGUAGACAAACAUCAUCACACGACAGGAAAAGGGUUUAUUCAAGUAGAAAAAAGUGACACAAGCUUCCACAUAGAACCAGACAACGACACUCAUGACUCUCAUCACUCUACCAAGGGCAAUCCAGCAACCAAUGACUGGGUUCCAGCUCCUUUCACUGAGGAGGAUACCAAUUCAGACAAACCUAACAGGAGUGAUAACUGAAAUGGAGAAGUGAUUGUUAUUUGCAUUGUACCAAGAGAAUUUUUAUUUCAGAUUGUGGGAUAUUUUAAGAAGUAUUUAAGUUGUAAACCAAAUAAAUAUAAAUAUUUGUGAUUUUUGUUCAAGGUUAUUGUGUUGGAAUAUUCAUGGUACUGAUUGGUAUUCAUAUUGUAUCCUUUGAAGUCUUAGGUUUAUGGAAAUAUAUCUCUAAUCUCAUAA